AUGCACGAGAUUGUUCAUAUAAGUUUUGGGCACAGUAGCGCGUAUUCUACGACACAUUAUUUCAAUCAGCAAGAGCAUUACUUCAAUCAGGCUGACUGUGAUACACACAACAUUGAUCACGAUUCUAGCUAUAGAAUUGGUGAGGGCUACGACGGCUCACAAACAUAUACUCCCCGUCUUCUUCUUUACGAUUUGAAGUCAAACUUUGGCAGUAUAAAGAAGAUAAACGAGCUUUAUCAAAAACCUACAAGUUAUGACGACAGCAAGAUAGAUACUCUUUCUGGCUUGAAUAUCGAAUAUCAGACACAACAGCCUCAGCGUACACGCUACCAGGCUGAGCUGGAAAGCGGUAAAGAGCCUUCACCGCCUACUUCAGACGAGGUAGCUUCUUGGACAGAUUUUAAUCGCUCGUACUUCCAUCCACGCUCUAUUCAUCAGAUAAGCGGUUAUGUUCAGUGCGGUACUGGUACUGAUGGUGUUGCUGGGUUCGAUGGCUGGGAACUGGGACAAGAUGUAUACAAGGAAUAUGAAAAAGAGUUCAACUCUCUCGAUGAAGAUCUCAGACACUUUGCAGAAGAAUGUGAUUUGCUGCAGGGAUUUCAUGUCAAUGCCGAUGUCAGCGAUGCUUGGAGUGGUUUCUCUGUCGCUUACCUCGAGGAUGUCAGAGAGACUUAUACCAAGACACCAAUCGUCGUCAACGCACACGAAAGAGAUCAUCUCUUUAGCUGGAAGCAGUCGCUUAAGAAUAAGGUUGAGAGUGAAAACAAGGAUGUGGAGAAAGACACCCGGCACCCACUUUCCAAUACAAUCCUUAUGAAUGAGCUCUUGUCUCUUUCAAAGUUGGAGAGCGUUUCUGAUUUGGUCGUGCCUUUGUCCUGUCCAACUAAAUGGAACGAGAAUAAUACUGAUUCUAAGAUGAACUCACUUUUCAUUUCGUCAUCUAUACUCAGCCCCCACUUAGACGCAAUUUGCCUGCCUUUCAAGCUUUAUAAUGGUGGUGCAAACAUGCAGCAGCUAACCUCACAGCUGAACUGGAGAAACGGGACAAAGAUCGCCACUCUUACCGGUGGUGUGGGUGAUGUCGUCAACCAGUUCGAUUAUAGUGGGAUGGAAAGCAGUAUCAAGGAGAGAGAUGUUUUCGCUGAGGUGCAGGUGGUCAGACCACCUUACAAGCCAAGUCGGGAUGGACUUGAAGAUGCGCUUGACAGCAGGACAAAGCUCAAGUAUCCCCUCUUAUCAAGGCACUGGAUAGACAGCCCAGCGUACAAGCCACACCCCUCUCAUCCUGCUGGAAUGUAUGAGGAUGAUGAAAUCAGCACACUCAGCAGUCUGACAACAUCUGAUGCUGUAAGGUCCAAGUUGGAAGAAUUUGGUAAGGUUUCAGAGAGUUUUCCCUUUAAGUACGGUGGGAUGGGUAGUGGAUACAGCAGGGAUGAAAUGGUAGAAAUUGGAGAAUCUUACUGGAAGAUGCACUCGGCGUAUAAUUCGGACCCACAGUUCGGUGACAUAGAUAUUAAUGAUUCUGAGGGCUCUGAAGCAACAGCAAGAUCAAUUUCAAUGUCAAACGUUAUCAAAUCAGAAUUCAGAGAGGAGAAGGAUACAUUUGGUCCAUUGCGUGUACCUUGUGAUCGCUACUGGGGUGCACAAACCCAGCGUUCGCUCCAAAACUUUGAAAUUGGUGGCGAGCAAGCUAAAAUGCCUGUUCCACUGACCAGAGCAUUUGGUAUCUUAAAGAAAGCUGCUGCAGCUGUAAACAUUACCUACGGUCUGGAUGAAAAGAUCGGCAAAGCUAUAAUGGAAGCAGCCGAUGAAGUUGCCACUGGAAAGCUUGAUGGUCAUUUCCCACUUGUCGUUUUCCAGACUGGAUCAGGUACACAGACUAAUAUGAACUCAAACGAAGUUAUUAGCAACCGUGCAAUUGAAAUUUUAGGUGGAAAGCUCGGAUCUAAGAACCCAGUUCAUCCUAAUGAUCACGUCAACAUGUCUCAAUCAUCUAACGACACUUUCCCAACCGCUAUGCACGUAGCAGCAGUACUCGAACUUAACAACUCAUUACUUCCAAAUCUCACCACUUUGAGAAACGCAUUGGCUGAUAAGGCGGAGAGCUGGUCUAAUAUCAUCAAAAUUGGUAGAACUCACCUUCAAGAUGCCACCCCACUCACCCUUGGCCAAGAAUUCGGCGGCUAUGCUCAGCAGCUCACUUACGGUAUCGAUCGUGUAGAAGCUGUCAUCCCUAGACUCAGCUUGCUCGCUCAAGGUGGUACUGCUGUUGGUACUGGUUUAAACACCCGCAAAGGCUUCGAUGUUAAGAUCGCUGAGGAGAUUACUAAAAUUACCGGAGUGCAAUUCAAGACUGCACCAAACAAGUUCGAAGCUUUGGCAGCUCACGAUGCAGUCGUUGAGGCAUCUGGUGCGCUCAACACUCUGGCAGCAUCUCUCUUCAAGAUUGCACAAGACAUCAGAUUCUUAGGCUCAGGCCCAAGAUGUGGUUUGGCCGAGUUGGCUCUCCCAGAGAACGAGCCAGGCUCUUCAAUCAUGCCUGGAAAGGUUAACCCAACACAAUGUGAAUCACUCACUAUGCUCUGUGCUCAAGUAUUCGGUAACAACACAGCUAUUUCAUUUGCUGGCUCACAGGGUAACUUUGAAUUGAAUGUAUUCAAGCCAGUUCUCAUCUCCAACUUACUCACAUCGAUAAGAUUGUUGGCGGAUGGCUGCAGAUCGUUCACUAACAACUGCGUCGUUGGGAUUGAACCAAAUGAAACAAAGAUCAAGGCUAUCAUGAACGAGAGUCUUAUGUUGGCAACAUGUCUUAACGCUGACCUUGGUUACGACAACGUUGCGAAAGCAGCCAAGAAAGCACACAGUGAAGGAUUGACACUGAAGGAAUCAGUUCUUCAACUUGGGUUGCUCACCGCUGAACGCUUUGACGAACUCGUCAGACCAGAGUUGAUGAUUUCACCAAAGGAAUAA